AUGGACGGCGACGACGCGCUCGCGGACCGCCUCGAGGAUAUGGCCAUGUCGUCAUCCCGGAACUCGGGCGGGGGGCGAGGAGGUGGGAAAAGGAGGGGUGGAAGAGGGGGUGGUAAAGGCGGAGGAGGUGGUGGUGAGGGGGGGAGGGCGAGGCGCGAGGUGGACUUGUCGAGGGCGCUGUCGAGGCUGUUGAGGCAUCAGGCGGGGAACGCGGGGGUGGAGCUUGAUCGGGAGGGGUUUGCGGAUUUGGGGAAGGUGCUUCAAUGGGGCCCCAUACGCACCCUCGCUCCCACAUUCCCAGAGAUCCUCAACGCCGUCCACAACAGCGACAAGCAACGCUUCGCCAUCAAGCCCAACCCGGCCACCAACCCGGACCUCGACGAGACCUCCACCGACCCAUCCGACUGGCUCAUCCGUGCCAACCAGGGCCACUCCAUCAAGCUGGACAGCGAGCACCUCCUCAAGGCCCUCGCCCUACCAGCCGACGAGAAGGACAGCACCGCGGCUCUUCCCGAGGGCGCCAUCGCCAUCCCGCCCGCCGUCAUCCACGGCACUUACUUCGCCUUUUGGCCGUCCAUCAUCGCCAGCGGCGGGCUCAAGCCCAUGGGGCGGAACCACGUGCACUUUAGCACCGGGCUGCCGGAGGACUCGGAGGCCGGCGUCAUCAGCGGGAUGCGCAAGGAUGCGGAGGUGCUGAUCUAUGUAGACGUGGCAGCCAGUCUGAGAGACGGUGGGAUCAAGUGGUGGAUGAGCGACAACGGGGUGGUGCUGACCGAGGGCGAUGCCGACGGGCUGGUGCCGCUGAAGUACUUUAAGGAGGUGACCGGGCGGAAGCAGGAUGUGGGCCUGCUGUGGAAGGAUGGCGUGAAGGUGGCGGACUUACCCGAGGGUCUGCAGGUGAGGGCGCCGCAGGGGAAGAGGGGUAGUGGUGGUGGUGGGAGGGGAGGACGGGGUAGGGGACGGGGGAAGUGA